AGACAGGCACAGAAGACGAAUAUGACGAAGCGUGUCAAGCUUUAAAUAAACACUUUAAACCUCGCAAGAAUACAUCGUUUGAAAUAUUCAAGUUCAGGAAAGCAAACCAACUUGUUGGCGAAACUCUCGAUCACCAUGUACGACUCGUCCAGAAAGCUACGUACUGUGAAUUCUCAAACUUAGAUACUGAGAUAAAAGCUCAAAUUGAGCUAGGGAGCAAUUCCAAACAACUUCGACGACAUGCUUUCCGUAAACCAAAACUGACUUUGGCUGAACUCUUAGACUAUGGACGGACACUUGAAACUGUUGAAGAAGAUGCGAGCGGAAUUGAGCAAAAUAUGAAUGAAAUACCAAUGAAAGAUAUCCACGCCGUACGACGAAAUGCGGCUGCUACAACGCCUAAGAAAAUAU